AUGCGCACUCUCUUCCAGCCGGAAUUGCGGCAAUUCCAGCUAGCCUUUGAGGAAACCGUGGCGGAGGCUGUGGAGGCCGGUCCAGGAUCGACAAUCGCAAUUGUGUACGCGGGCCAAGUUCUGCACUCCUCGGGCGAAUGGAUACUCGCUGAUUCGACCUUCUCUGGGGAGCAGCUGAAAAUUUGGCUUGACUCGGAGACUGCAUCAACAUGGCAACCGGAGAUACAAAAGUUGAUGGCUGCGCCUACGGGAGAACGUCCAAUUCAAAUAAACAUUUGCACGCCGAGCGCAGGCUUGAAGACGUGUUGGCCGACGGCCAAGGCCAACUACGUGAUGCUCUCCAAGUCCCGCAGGGUUGCAGUGCAACUGCAAACUGAGGCUUCGUGGCGAGCUAACGGCAUACUCUUAGCUGGGCACCAACCCACCACAUCCUAUGAGGCGUUGCUUGCCUUCAGCACUGAAAUGGCCGACCUGCAUUGGGAGCACCACUCGAAGUCCCACAAGCCCCUUGUUGAAGGGGACUACAAGUUGGUGCAAAAGUCCUUCAAACCCGCCCCGCCUGCCCUCUACCUGCUCCCAAGUGGUCCAGGUGGGGUGCAACCACAAGCAUGCGGUCUGUUUGUUGUCGAAGGCGUCAAUGUGUUGCUAGGCUCGGCUUUUUCAACCACUCGGCCUCCGCAGUGGUGGGAACUGGUUAAAAGUCUUGAUCGCCUCGAUGCUGUUCUUUUCCCGGACUGGUCUGCGGCGAGCAUUCAAAGCUACAAAUUUCUCGAGAGGUACAUUGUAAACGCCGUGUCUACCUCGUACUGUGCUUCUUGGCUUGGUUGUUACUUCACCCCCCCGCCCGGCGACCCCGAGACCGAGUCCCCGCUCCUCCUCACCCCACCCACCUUGCAGGAAUUCGGGGGUCCCCAGCGCCACCAUCAAUUGCCCCCUGCAACCAUCUCUGGGGACCGAUUGCCAGACAAGACCAGUCUUUUUUACAAGAUCGGAGUUGGGGAACUUGUUCUACAGCCUCUGGGCCUGAAUGUGGGGCUGCUGCUGAUUUGGAAACCGUCUUCUGCAAAAGCUAAGCCCCUGCGUCUUUUCCUACCAGCUUCGAAUGUAGUCGAGUCGACAGCACGUGGCAGUCUGGUGGGUGUUGUGCGGAUGCUCCGAAAGGUCGCCGACGUCUGUCCUGCGGAGGUGAGCCACAAGCCCCAAACGGCCAAGCCACUUACGAGAACUACCAAAUCUGCUGCCGAGACUUCUGCGAAGCCCGCCAACGGAGUCAUCAAACACGUUCCACCUACGACUGUCACCAAACCUACACCACCACGACUGGCUCCCACCAAGGCGACCCCACCGAAACAGACACCGCCGUCAAAAGUGCCAACCAAGUCUACGCCUCCAGCGAGACUGUCAGCUUCGGCAAAUACGAGGCCAAUGUCUUCUAAACUGACCCCUCAAAGUCGUCCGGGGACUGCCACAAGCCGACUUUCCAAUUCAUCACAGCAAUGCUCGUCCGCCCCUUCUGUGCCUAAGCCACGAACCACCGUCGCUACUGCAUCACCCCACGGUCCGCAAGCCACACACGUGUCGAAAAAGCCGACAGAGCCUGUGCCCGCAAAGCGCUCGACGCCCUCCAAGACUGAAGCUAAACUCUCCGCACAUGCAGCGAAAGUCACCAAGACCCUCGCAACAAAACCUGGCCACGAAAUUAUGUAUAGCGUCGCCGGGCGCCCGUCUAAUCUCCCUCCAAGACGCAAGGUUGGUGAAAAGACGGUCAUGGAGGAGUUAAAUGAGGUCCCUGAGGCGAAAACACUGGCCACCGAUAUUCCUGUUGAUGCCUCAAAACCUGCAAUGCCCUUCGAAGACCAAACCCACCCUGACCGUCCGCAUGACGAAGAUAUUGUGCAUCACUUUGGUGACGUGGAGGCAUUGAGUCCUUCAGGUAUAUCUGAGACAAACCUUUCCGAGGCUGAAAAACCAGAUGGAGGGGCUGCUCAAAGUCUUUCGGAUAUACAGUCAAAGAAAUUGCCAUCUCAAGAUCGCGAACAACAUAUCGACUUCCUUAAGUCCCCAGAAGCUAAACCUGGAAGCGAAGACGUUAAGUCUCCUUCACAAGCCGAAAAACUUCAACACUUCCCGCCUUGUUUGGGCUUGUCAAGUUCUCCCAAAGGAAUGGGUGAUUUCACACCAGAACUUGAAAAAUUAACACCACAAGGCGUUGAAUUAUCGAAAUCUUCAGAAAUCUCACAUUUUUCGCCAGAACCUCCGAAGGCUUUAGGUGAUGGACAUCAUAUACCCACUCACGAAUAUGGAUAUACAAAUCCAAUUGAAAACGACGCUCUUCACACGCCAGAAUCUCGUCAAUUCGAAGCCCCUGGUAUUGAAGUUGACCACUCUAAAGUCCACGAACUGGAUGAUUCUCCAAAACUAGAGCAUUCAUCAGUUGACUUUAGUUAUUCCAAGAUGCCAGAGAACUCAGAUGUUCACUCACCUAAUGGCCAUUAUUCAGCCGAAUUAGAGGCUCUGAAAGUGGUCCAUGGAACCCCAGGAAAUGCUGAAAGCCCAAAAUUCCCAGCAGAUGAACAUUUUGGUGAGGCUUUUCCCAAAGACGAUCAAUUUUCGCCUAUUCCACCAUUUAAAUGUGAUUCGGAAAACAUGAAAUCUGGUGAGGCAGAACUGCAGAAGCCUUCUUAUGUGGGCGAUUCUUUAGAAAACUUGGGCGAUUUUGGAGAUUCGACUGCUGAUCAGAUAUUACCUAAAGAGUCAGCUGCAGCUGACUUUGCCAUUCCGACGACCCUCACCAAUGUUCCAUGCUCUGAAACUGAAUAUCCAAACACUCCGGACGUGGAAACGUUGUCAGUAGAUCAGCAAUCAGGUGAAGUUCCUGAGAUUAAAAAGCCCUUUGAAGACGUAAACGAGCAUUCAAAUGUCUUCGGCAUGUCACAGUCACCCGAGAUUGCCUUGUCUCCAGUUGAAGUGAAUUUCGAACAUCAUGAAACCACCGCAAUGUCAUCGGAACCAACAUUUGACAAGUCGGGAGCUUUAAUUCAAUCCUCACCGGAAACCGAUUCUUUAGCGUCGCCUUGUGUCGAGCCACUUGAGGUUCAUAAGACAACAGAGCCGUUAAAAUCAGAUAGUUUUACUCUUGACAACUCUAGCUUGCAAAACGUUGUACAUUCUACAGUUGAUUCAGGUGUUGUGGCUACAGAUGACUUUGCCAUUUCGACAACCCUCACCAAUGUACCAUACACUGAAACUGAGUGUCCAGACACUCCGGACGUGGAAGCUUUAUCAGUAGAUCAUCAAUCAGGUGAAGUUCCGGAGAUUAAAAGGCCUUUUGAAGGCGUAAACGAGCAUUCAAAUGUCUUCGGCAUGUCACAGUCACCCGAGCCUGCCUUGUCUCCAGUUGAAGUGAAUUUCGAACAUCAUGAAACCACCGCAAUGUCAUCGGAACCAACAUUUGACAAGUCGGGAGCUUUAAGUCAACUCUCACCGGACACAGAUUCUUUAGCGUCGCCUUGUGUCGAGCCGCCUGAGGUUCAUAAGACAACAGAGGCGUUAGAAUCAGAUAGUUUUACCCUUGACAAAUCUGGGUUACAAAGCGUAGUGUAUUCUGCAGUCGAUUCAGGUGUUGUGGAAUCUCCAGAUUCUAGUCACCAGUCUGCGCGUGGUAUUUCAAAAUCGUCAGAGCCUGUUGCUGAUAACGAUGAAAUUUCAAACUCCCUUGAUUUCCAUCAGGAAGCGACUUUUACGAUGGCCCAAGAUGAUAAAGAACGUGAGCUUUUUAUGGGCGAAACAGCACCUGCAUCACCGCCUGUUCAAAAACCAUCAGAAGUUAUACUCCCGGUGUCUCCAGAUCACACAGACCCAACUGACAUGGAGUUUGAAGAAUCAUCGACAAAAGUUCAAUUUCCAGUAGAUUUGAAAUUCUCACCUUGUGUUGAACAGCAUGAAUCAUUUGGACUACCUAAGUCUCCUCAUAGUGCAGCGACUCCAGAGGCUUUGGAGCAUGCGAAUUCACCUGAUAAUGUAGAAUCUCCGAGUUCUCAGGUAGGAAUUUCUGAGUCUCGUGACACUGGAUUCUCGAAACUAGUGGAUGUAGACUUUCCGGUUUCGCCCAAAAAUGAACAGCUUGAAGAUUCGGAAAUAAUUGGACCCCACGAGGCCAUUGGUAAAUUUAAUUCCAAGUCGCCUUGCACAGCGCACUCUCCGGUUGGUAUGGAUUUUUCCACUUCACCCACACCGCAGGCGUUUGAAAUGCCGCAACCUGAGGCAGGGGCUGGGCUGUCGGGUUCUUGCGAGUUAACCGGUUCUCCCACUCAUGCUGAUUUUGAUAAAUCCGUCGAAGUCGCUGACGUGUCCGAGGUCUCUCCUGCGGACCCCAAAUUUUCUACUUGUGCUGUCAGCCAGAGUAUUGAACCGGAUGCUGCGGUUCCUGUAAAAUUGUCUGAUGAGGAAAAAGUUGAGUCCUUAACGUUCUCGGACUCAAGCAAACCGGAUUGCACUGGACCCUCGGAAUCUGCGAAGGCGUCUUCAAUGGCAGCCGAUGCGGAGGAGGACUUUCCAGUCCACGAAGUCAACGUCGGGGGUUUUAAUGCCAUCGAAGAAGUGGUGGACCGCGUGGAUUCAACCGAAUGCACCCCUGAGGACAUGCCUCCAAUCCACGCAGAGACGCUCUACCAAUUGCAAGCCAAAUGUGUUGGUCAAAAAGCGGAUUCCACAACUGAUGAGGACGUUCUGAAAUCGCCUCAUGUCGGUUUCAUGGAAAACCUUACAGAUCAACCCCCGAUUUCAGAGGAACGGCUCAUCAGCCCGUCUUCUGAGGCUUCCAAUGACUCGGUCAUUCACGCUGGCUCCCCACCGCCUCCCGGGUUCAUUCCCGACCUUGUCUCUUCUUCGAAGGAAUCCGAGGCUCAUUCGGGCGAGGAGUUGCCGAUGGCCACUUCACCAGUCAGCACAGGUUUCUCAAGUCAGCAUCCACUCCUGUUUAAUCCACGUCAGACGGUUGAGCUACCUGCAAAUUCUUUCGGGGACUCCGCUUUACUCGCACACACUCCGGAAGAAUUGUCAAAUCCGUUUGGGGAUAAUUGUGGGAAAAAUGUAGACGAAUUUGGAGGUCAUGGAUUUGAGGCGUCCCCACGAGAACCUGGGUACAGCAGUGAUGUCUCACCAUGCAAGGAGUCUGCGCCUUGUGGCCACGUGGGUGAGUUCGCGAAUGGCCACGACACCCAGGGGGGUGGCAGUGAAUCCAAGUCUGCUGCAUUCGCCGGUGAGCCAGUCGAUAGCAUCACAUUCGAUCCUCUCAGCAGCUGGGGCCAUCCACAAGGCAUGCCAGCCCCGAGCUCCCUCGGCGGCCUGAAAUCGACACCGCCUCACCUAAGACCAGGAACUGCCAUCAACGGUACCAGACGACCCACCGCUGCUGCAAGUUUGAAGAUGUCAUCAAGCCCUGCCACUACUAAGGCACCUGAUAGCUUGCCUCCUGGAGCGCCGAUUUACCUCGACGUGGUCUGGGUCCCCGGUUACAUUGUUUCCGUGCCCUUCGAAAUGGCUGCACAGUUCUUCACCCAGGUCCGGGCUCGUGUUUACGUGCUCUCUGGGGAAUGCCUGCAUCCCAUUACUGGCGAGGCGCUGAUCGCUGGUGUCACGAAGUGGCCACUCGAAGAACGCGAGACAGUCGGUCGUGGUGGUGGUACCGGCAGUCUACAGGGUCUGAAUGUUGUUCCCACUGAUGAGCCAUUGGAGUGGGUUCGUUGGCUGAGGACGAGCAGUGGAACGAGUUCGAGCCCUGGCACCGGAGAAGAGCGUCUCCAGGCUGCGGGUCUCAAGGUGCACCCAUCGGCAACCCUCUGUGACAUUCAUUUUUCGGAUAAGGGCAUGGAAGUAAACUGCCCCGGCACCCAACUGCUCAUUUAA